CGGGCGAAAAGUUUGAUGCGGCUGCAAGUCCCGCCGAGUACGUAACCGCGCGCCCUCCUACGUAGCUUCCCUCCUGGUUGGGUGUGUUGUUCCUUCCGUUUAGGCAAGCACUACCUACCUACUCUUCCCCCCCCAUCCUGCUCCUUCCCCCAGCACAUCUCUCUUUCCUCCCCCGCCAAUUGCAAGGAUGUCGUCCUCCUCGCUCCGCUACGGCUCCCGCCAGCUCUACUACGAGGGCCGUCCGCAACCCGCCACUUCAGGCAAGACAUUCGAAACGGUGGACCCGGCAACGGGCCAGGCCAUCGCCACCAUCGACCAAGCCUCGCACGCCGACGUCGAUGCCGCCAUCAACUCCGCGCAGGCCGCCUUCCGGGCGUGGUCGGCGACUCCGCCCAUGGCGCGUGCCCGCAUCUUGCUCAAGGCCGUGGCCCUGCUGCGCGAGCGCAACGACGACAUUGCCACGGCCGAGACGUACGACACGGGCAAGGCCUUCAGCGAGACGAGCUGCGUCGACGUGGUGACGGGCGCCGAUGUCCUCGAGUACUUUGCCAACAUGGUGGCGGGCGGUGGCUUGAAUGGCGAAACGGUGCAGCUGCGCGAUGACGCGUGGGUCUACACGCGCAAGGAGGCCCUGGGCGUCUGUGCCGGCAUUGGCGCCUGGAACUAUCCUAUCCAGAUCGCCCUGUGGAAGUCGGCCCCCUGCCUGGCUGCCGGUAACACCAUGGUCUACAAGCCCUCGGAGUUCACGCCGCUGCACGGCGAGACGCUCGCCAAGAUCUACACCGAGGCCGGCGUGCCGCCCGGCGUCUUCAACAUCGUGCAGGGCGCGGGCGACGUCGGCGCGUACCUGACAUCGCACCCGGGUAUCGCCAAAGUGUCGUUCACGGGACAGGUCAGCACGGGACAGAAGGUUGCGGGCUCCGCCGCCGGCAACAUGAAGUACGUGACGAUGGAGCUGGGAGGCAAGUCGCCGUGCGUGGUUCUGCCGGACGCGGACGUGGACGCGGCAGUCGACGGCGCCAUGAUGGCCAACUUCUACUCGACGGGCCAGGUGUGCACGAACGGCACGCGUGUUUUCGUGCCCGAAGCCAUGCUUCCCGCGUUCGAGCAGCGCGUGCUGGAGAAGAUUGCGCACGUGCGCGCGGGCCCGCUCUUUGACCCCGCGACCAACUUCGGCCCUCUCGUCAGCAAGGUCCACUACGAGAAGGUCGUCUCGUACAUCAAGCACGGCAUCGAGACGGACAAGGCCAAGCUGCUGGCGGGCGGUGUGGGGCAGCCCAAGGGCGUGCCCUCGGACGCCACCAACGGCUUCUGGAUCGAGCCGACCGUCUUCACCAACUGCACCGACGACAUGCGCAUCGUGCGCGAGGAGAUCUUCGGCCCCGUCAUGAGCAUCCUGCCCUACAAGACGGUUGAGGAGGCGGUUGCUCGCGCGAACGACACGCCCCUGGGCCUGGCCGCGGGCGUGUUCACCAAGGACUUGAACGCGGCGCACAAGGUGGUGCAGCAGCUGCAGGCGGGCAUCACGUGGAUCAACACGUGGGGCGAGAGCCCGGCGGAGAUGAGCGUGGGCGGGUGGAAGAGCAGUGGUGUGGGCGUCGAGAACGGCCGCAGGGGCCUGGAGGCUUGGGUGCGCAACAAGAGCACGCUGGUGGACAUGAGCGGCCAGGUCGCGACUGUCUUCUCCAAGUUGUAAGUGCUGAAGGGUGCAUGGUGGUUUUGUAGUGAGUGCAUGGACGGCGUUGGGCUGGUUACUUUCGUUUUUUUUUUCUUCCUCUUUAAUCCUCGGCAUUUGUAGCGAUGGGCUCGUCGCCCGCUGUCGCUGGUGCUGUUUAUGCGUGAAUGAAUAUGAAAGAUAGAUGGUUAGCAAAUAACAAAUAGACAUCACAAUGAUCAUAGGUACAUAGAUGCGUACUUGAGAAUAGCUAUUCAUCCUCAC